GCAGGUAAAGAGCAAAUUAAAACAGAAUAUUCAAAUAUCACUACACUGAUGGAAUUUGUUCUCUUGGGGUUUUCUGAUACUCCCAAUCUCCAAUGGAUUCUGUUUGGUGUAUUUUUACUCAUCUAUUUGACUAUCUUGGUGUGCAAUAGCAUCAUAAUACUAAUAACAAAAAUUGACCCUGUUCUCCACACCCCCAUGUACUUUUUCCUUGGUCAUUUUUCCUUUUUGGAAAUCUGUUAUGUAACAGUAAUUCUACCGAGAAUGCUCGUGGAUCUUUGGACUCAGAAGGGACGUAUUUCUUUCCUUGCUUGUGCUACGCAGAUGUGCUUUUUCCUUAUGCUUGGAGGUACAGAGUGUCUCCUGCUUGCAGUGAUGGCCUAUGACCGCUAUGUGGCCAUUUGUAACCCUCUCCAUUAUGCUCUGGUGAUGAACCACAAGGUCUGCAGCCAGCUGGUGGCUGCCUCCUGGAUCACCGCAGUUCCAGCUGUCAUUGGGGAAACAGGGCUGAUAUUCUCUUUGCCCUUUUGCACGUCUCACAUGAUCAAUCACUUCUUCUGUGACAUCCCACCUGUUCUCAAGCUUGCUUGUGGGGACACAUUUGUGAAUGACAUAGCAUUCUAUGUAGUUGCAGUUGCGGUGGUGUUCAUCAUGGUUCCAUUUCUGUUGAUUGUUGUCUCCUAUGGUAAAAUUAUCUCCAACAUUUUGAAAUUGACAUCAGCAAGAGGGAGGUCUAAAGCCUUUUCCACCUGCUCUUCUCACCUGACAGUUGUAGUGUUAUUUUAUGGGACAGCUAUCAUUACUUACUUGCAACCCAAACCAGAUCAGUAUGAAGAAAUGGGGAAGCUAAUCUCUAUUUUCUACACCAUUUUGAUACCGACUUUGAAUCCCAUCAUAUAUACUCUGAGGAACAAAGAUAUCAUGAUGGCACUGAGGAAAGUAUUAGCUCAGUUAUUAGUAUGA